AUGCUUUAUUAUGAGAAAUGCUUGACAGACAGGAAGGAACCGUUAUGUAAACAGUGUUAUCUUGAUGAAGUGGCUGCAUCUCCGCCCUCGAUCACACCCAUGCUUGUAGCCUAAAAGGACAAAAAAAAAAACAAGUUGUCACACAGACUGACAGAGUCCCGACUCAGAAGUUUCCACUCGCACAUUAUCAUAAUCAGGAGAGUCAAUAAGUCACAACGUGGGGAGUUUUAUAAAGAAAAUCUUGCUCCAAACACGUGAUGAUUACGAGGAGCCACUGACAGGAAUGGACUCCAUGGAGAACUUUUCUUAUGUCCCCUCACUGACUCUCCACGGCCUCUCCAUGGACACCGGAGGAUCGCACUACAGGGAUGCGCUUCGGCUUGGACUGCCCUUCCACCUUGACACUACAUACCUCGAAACUGUGCACGGCCAGAGGAUACCCUACAGACAAAUAUCAUAUUUCCCCUUUCACGGACCCCUGGGUGUUUGUGAAUACUCAUUCGAGCCAGCGUUCAUCCGUAAAAGGAACGAAAGAGAGCGGCACCGAGUGCGCUGCGUAAACGAAGGUUACGCGCGGCUCAGAGAGCAUCUGCCGCAGGAGUUUCAGGACAAACGGCUCAGCAAAGUGGAGACUUUGAGGGCUGCUAUUGACUACAUCAAUCAUCUGCAGAGCCUGCUGGAUGUAAAUGCGUCCGGGGUGGAGGUGACGCUUGGUGCCGUGCGUCAGUGCGCGCAGCAGCCGCAGAGGACAGAGUGCAGCAGUGACUGAAAAUCUAAAACUGACCUCACCGACAGUGGGGAAAUAGUUGACUAGGUUGGUUUCUUUUGCUUUGACUCUGCCUCUAUCCAUCUGAUGUAACAUUCAUUCAACAUUGUUGCUCGUAAAACAACCCAAAGUGA